AUGUCGCCCCAUGCCGUACAUACAGUCCCUUCUGGGGAAAAUAACUGGUGGAAGGAAGCCACCGUAUACCAGGUCUACCCCGCCUCAUUUAAAGAUUCCAAUGGAGACGGUUGGGGGGAUAUCCCCGGACUAAUUUCCAAGGUCCCUUACCUGCACUCACUGGGCGUGGAUGUUGUCUGGCUAUCGCCCAUGUAUGAUUCUCCUAUGCAUGACAUGGGCUAUGAUGUGUCCGAUUAUGAAAAUGUAUUGCCAGCUUAUGGUACUGUCGAAGACGUUGAGAGACUUAUAGACGCCUGUCAUGAGCGGGGCAUGAAAUUGAUCCUGGACCUGGUCAUCAACCACACUAGCGAUCAGCAUAAAUGGUUUCAAGAGAGUCGCAGCAGCAAAGAUAACGACAAGAGAGAUUGGUACUUCUGGCGCCCGCCUCGGUAUGAUGAACAGGGCAAUAGAUUGCCCCCCACUAACUAUCGCGGAUAUUUCGCCGGUAGCACUUGGACAUGGGACGAACAUACCCAGGAGUAUUACCUCCAUCUAUACGCCAAAGAGCAACCUGAUCUCAACUGGGACAACGAGGCUACACGAAAGGCAAUUUAUGACAGUGCAGUCCGCUUCUGGUUGGACAAGGGGGUUGAUGGAUUCCGCGUCGAUACCGUCAACAAGUACAGCAAGCACACGGACUUUCCAGAUGCGCCGGUUACUGAUCCCAAAAGCUAUAUCCAGCCGGCAAUCCAGAUGUGGUGCAACGGACCUCGUAUCCAUGAAUUCCUGCGAGAGAUGUAUGACGAUGCUUUGCAGCCUUACGGGGACGUGGUAACCAUCGGUGAACUGGCUAAUACACCUGACCCAGAACAUGUUUUGAAGUAUGUCGGUGCGUCCGCUAAACAGCUCAGCAUGGUGUUUCAUCUGGAUAUUGGCCACAUUGGUAUGGGCAAAAGCUUGGAGGACAAGUAUAUUUUCAACCCGUGGCAGCUGACGGAGAUGAAAUCCAUCGUGACCAAGUGGCAGUCCUUCAUUGAGGGUACCGACGGGUGGACGACGGCGUUUUGCGAAAAUCACGAUAAUGGUCGCUCAGUGUCUCGAUUUGCGUCAGAUGCCCCUGAGCACCGCGAGCGAUCGGCCAAAAUGCUAGCUCUGAUGAUGAUGGCCAUGACGGGAACAUUAUUUCUUUACCAGGGCCAGGAGAUCGGCAUGAUCAACGCCCCACGCGACUGGUCAGUCGAGGAGUACAAGGAUAUUGAGGGUCGCGGAUACUACCAAGAAGCAGAGCGACAAGUCGCCGCAGGUGUCGAUCCAACACGUAAAGAUCGCAUUAUGGAUGGACUGCGGAUUCUGGCACGCGAUCAUGCCAGGCUGCCGAUGCAGUGGGACGACUCAUCGCAUGCCGGCUUUACGACGGGCACGCCAUGGAUGCGCGCCCAUGAUUUGUACCCCGAAAUCAAUGUGCAGAAGCAGGCGGACGAUCCGGAAAGUGUGCUAUCCUUCUGGAGGUCCGUUCUACGGCUGCGUAAGGAGUACCGAGAAUUGUUCAUUCAUGGGGCCUUUGAGGUUGUGGAUUUUGAUAAUCAGCAGACUUUCUGCUUUUUCAAGUCAAGGGAUGAGAAGAAAGCACUGGUGGCAUUGAACUUCACUGCAGAAAACCAGCCAUUUACACAGGCCACGACGACAGAAGGAAUGAAGCUGCUGGUCAGCAACUAUGCGGAGCUAUUGCCUGAAACAUUACGACCAUUUGAGGGUAGAAUUUAUAUCUCACAGUGA